GAGGUCAGCUGAUCACCGACGAUCAGUUCCCCGGCAUCAUUCUCCAGCAGCAGCAGCAGCCGCCAAUGUGGGGGGGAGAGCGGGCAGAGGGCACAUCGGCCGAUCCGUGGGUGGUCUGUGUGCCUGUGAUGACAUCGGGGGCUGUGAUCUGAUCGUGCACAGAAGGUUUCUCAUCUCUCAGACUUUGUGAAGAAGAAACAUCAACUAUAAUUCUUGGAAAUGAGUUAUUAAUUAGAUGAAUCGGUGUUCUACCAGACAAUGACUACCUAAAGCAAGCCUAUGGGAAAAUGAGAAGAGAUUAUUGCAUAGUUUCAUGUGCAAUAUGAUUUUAUUUGUAGCUGGUUUUAUUCUUGAAGUACAUAUUUACAGCUGGAUGAAAUUACGAGGUAGCCCUUUAAGGCCACCUCAACACCUGGCUUUGUCACCAUGUAGCCUAUGAAGUUUUCUGAUUGGCAAAAAUUAAGUCUAUUAUAUCGGGACAUAUCUGCGGUGAAGGUAUGGAGGUCCAUGUUACACGUGUGGCACCCUUUGCCAGUAAUGGAGACAUUGCGCCUUUACAAACUGGUUCUGCAAGGAGGAGGUCAUAUACACAAGACAGCUCCUACAGCGAUUUCUCAAGCGAGUCCUCUACAAGGCGGACCAGUUCUCAAGUUAGGCCAUAUUCCCAUAGUCACAAAAAUUUGUCGGGUACAACAGGGCACAAUCAAGAUAAUCCAUACGUUCCUCUGAGUGACCGCAAUCUUAGGUGGGGUGUCAUUCCCCAAGAGCUGCAGUCGAGACUUCUCGACUUGAAAGACUAUAAGUCUAGGACCCAUGCUAUCGAGGAACUCAAAUAUCUCAUCCAAGACCGUGAUUUUAGUUCCGUUUCCCAUUCAGAUGUGGUUGGAUUUAUUAGCUUCUUGUGCACACUGCUCGAUGAUAGCAACUUUACCGUCGUCUUAGUCACAUUGGAUGUUUUGAACUGCUUUGUUGUAAAUCUUGGCCAAGGAGUCAAACAAUUUCUCAAACCAGUCAUAGCUUCAACAGUCAAACUCCUUGGGGAUGGCAAGAUCACGGUUAAACAGGAGUACAUGAAAAUCUACAUGAGACUAAUGAAAGUGGUUGGACCAUACCAAGUAUUAACUGUCUUGCUUGAAAAUCUGAAGCAUAAGAACUCUAGGGUAAGGGAAGAAGUAGUAAAUAUUUGCAUUGUUUCCCUAUUGACGUAUCCCAGUAAAGACUUCAACUUGCCAUUUUUAGCUUGCGAAAUUGCGCCGUGUUUAAUAGAUAGUAAGAGGCGAGUCCGCCAUGCUGCUUUGGAGGCCUUUGCUGUAUUGGCGGCCUCUAUGGGUCCAGGAAAAAGUAGUCUGCUCAAAGCCGUCGAUGAAGUUGAGCUACAGGAAAACGGUGAAGGACUAAUGAAUGCUGUGCAGGCCAGGCUGGCACGAAAAACUCUACCCAGGAUUUCCCCACAAGGUUUGGUAGAGUACGCUCUUCCGUUCCCGUCAUCGGCUCACAUCCGAGGGACUCAUCAUUUGCCGGGAGCUGACACAGACUGGCUUUUGACAGGAAACAGAGUACAGAGUGGGCAUUAUCAAACAAGUGAUCACAACGGUAGAGGGGUUGUCCCUCUCAUUGAACCCUUAAGUCGAAGAAUGUUAAGUGCUGGCAAAGGAAAAAAUAAGUUCCCUUGGGAAAAUCAGGGCCCUGGAGUGGCAGAUGUGUUUCCAGGAACUCACAACAUCGAUCAGCUGUCUUCCAUGUUCGAUGUUCACCACACGCCGAUUGUGAAAACCCCAACAGCAAAGGUCAGAAAUUCUUCUGCCAAGCAGGCAUCUGCCACAUUCAGCAUGCAAAAGGAGCCGCUGCUUGCAUUCCUUGGCAAUGAUGAUCCUCCGGUUCCACUCAAGGCUUCACUUGUGAGACUUCCUUCAGGACAGAAAGAUCUUAACAGGUCCAAGCCAGUCCCUCCGAUCGCCAAGAGCACCAAGUCAUUGCCAGAAAUUAAUUCCAUCCCAGGCAGCUAUGUUUGGGAUAACCCCAAGUCCAAGGAGAAGAGCAGCGAAGAAGAGACUAUUGUCAUUGACCUCUUGGAAUUGACUACUAGAGACGAGGACGAUCGGGAAGAGAUGAUCAAUUCUCUUCGACAAUUGCGAAACAGCGCGGCCAAGAAGAGAGCGAAGAUGAGUGGAAGUCUUUCUGAUCUCGACAGCCCGGACUCCAUGAAAAUAGAUCUGAAUAUGGAUUCUCCGUCUUCAACAUCGUCACCAAUUAAUGGCUCUUAUAGUGAAAGUGGGGUCUAUAGCCGGGAGUCCCUCACCUCACCACUCUCUCCCACGCCACAGCUGAAGAGAUUAUCUGAAGUUACUUCUGUUCCAAAGCCAAAAUUACGACCAAGAGCUCCCUCUGCUUCUCGUAAGGAUAAUGGGAAAAAGGUGGACAGCCUACAACCAGGAAACCUUGACAGUGAAAAGUCUGUAAGAGUGAUUGGUCAGCGGAUGAAUUACAGGAAUGGGCCUGCAGAUGCUGAAGAAGAGAGUUGUAAAGAGAUUGCUCCCAUUCUUACAAGACAUCCACCAAAACCACCAAGGCCCAUCAAAGGAAUCACCGGGUCAGUUACAAGCUUUCAGCAGAUUGACAGUGAUAUAGCAAGUCUCUUGUCUGAUGACUCGGUGGCUGUGAUUGGAAAAGGUGUGUUUGAAACUCCUCCCGCUGCCUCUCAAUCACGUAGUCAGGCUUCCUUCUCCACCCCAGGAGAGGACUCGAGUUCAUCAAAGCAUAGCUUCGAACCUCCUACCGGUGUCUAUGGCAGAGCAGUGCAGCAGAACAACCCACCAUUGGAAAAUGAUGUUAAAGUCACAAUUUCCAAAUCGGCCCGAGACAAGAUGAGGCAGAAACGCGAGAAUAGUUUGAAGGAAAUGGCAGAGUCUAAGGAUUCAGAGAAAAAAGAGAGGCUUUCCCAGACGGACCCAAGUCCAGCACGUAGAGAUUCUUGGACACCACAAUCAGACGGUCUGGAAAACCUAGCCAUCAGUCCACCAUCUUUUAAAAGAAGUUCCAGCGUGAAGAAAUCCCCAGUACAACGCAGUCCAUACCGAGACAGAUCUUCUAUCAGUCGUAGCUCUGAUGUCAUAGAUGCUACUGUGCCCAAAGAACUGCCCAGACCAGACCUGACCAUCAUUGAGGUGUUUAAACUUCUGUCUGACGAUGACUGGGAGAAAAAGAUCGAAGGUUUGAAUCUGCUACGAUCUCUGUCCAUCUUCCAUUCGGAUGUCAUUAUUGAAAGGCUCCAUGAGCUCAAGAUUGCAGUUGCACAAGAGGUAAAGAACUUGCGUUCCACUGUUUCUCGGGCAGCCAUCGGGUGUUUAGGAGACCUGUUUACACACCUAAAGAAGAACAUGGACCAUGAACUGGACAACUGUGUCCGCGUACUUCUCCACAAAGCCGGAGAGCCAAACAUCUUCAUCCGAGAAGAUGUGGAUAAGGCCCUUGGCGCGAUGAUACAACAUGUGACGCCGCUGCGUGCUUUAGCCGCGCUCAUAAACGGAGGGCUCAGCCAUUUGAACACUGCAGUGAGGAAGAGCACAGCCCAGCACAUGUCUGACUUGGUGGAGCGAAUGGGGCCUGGACGGGUCCUGUCUGGUAUCAAGGACAUCACUGAUAGAGCGUUGCCCGCUAUAGCCAAGUUUGCUCAGGAUAGCUCUCAGGAAACCAGAUUCUACGGCCGAAAGAUGCUUCACUAUCUGAUGUCACAUCCCGACUUUGACAAAAUGCUGCACAAAUAUGUACCAAGCAAGGACUUGCCAUCUAUAAGGGACGUAAUUAAACAUAUACAGCUCAAGGGUGUAGGCGAGAUCCAGGACGCACCAUCUGCCCGUGGAAGGAGAUCCUAUCAUCGCAGUGUUAGCAGCCUGAGAGCUUCUUCUGUUUCGCAGAAUGCUCACAAUACACUGGAGAGCACAAUGUACAGAGAUCUGAAAUUUGUGACUAACUAACGAACAAAAUAAUUUGCCAUCAUCAAGGGAGAUGGGCAGAUGAUAUCUGUUGCUGACCCUGAACAACGUCAAGCCACAAACACUGACAAAGAGACACUAACAAUUCAAAUAAACACGUUUUUGUAAAGAAUAACCGGUGAAGUAUUAAAAAUGAAUAACUGUAUAGUUUUCUAUUUUACCGUGUGUUAUCGUGAAUCAUUUUUGUGAUACAGAAAUACUAAAUGUCUAAAGGCAGAUGCCUCAAAGCUAGUACAGGUACUGUACUUUUUACUAAUAGAGAUUUGCUUUUACUUUUU